AUGGGGAGUGUGGCAGGAAAGCUGGAAAACUGCUAUGUCAGAGCAGCCGGGCAAGGCCUGAACCUCAACGAGGAGGUUCGGUUCACAGAUGCCUGCGUGCUGGCACUGGUCCUCAGCCGGGCGGGCGCCUGGGCCCCGGAGGCCUGCACACGGCCCUGCCCGGCCGCCUGCUCCUGCGGCCCGGGGGAGCGGGGCUGCUGGGUGCGCUGCGACCGCGCCGGCCUCCUGCGGGUGCCCCCCGAGUUCCCGUGCCAGGUGGCGUCCAUCGACCUGGACCGCAACGGCCUGCGCUUCCUGGGCGAGCGGGCCUUCGGGACGCUGCCGUCGCUGCGCCGCCUGUCGCUGCGCCACAACAACCUGUCCUUCAUCACGCCCGGCGCCUUCCGGGGCCUGGCCCGCCUGGCCGAGCUGCGCCUGGCGCACAACGGCGACCUGCGCUACCUGCACGCGCGCACCUUCGCGGCCCUGGGCCGCCUGCGCCGCCUCGACCUGGCCGCCUGCCGCCUCUUCUCGGUGCCCGAGCGCCUGCUGGCCGGGCUGCCCGCCCUGCGCGAGCUGGCCGCCUUCGCCAACCUGUUCCGCCGCGUGCCCGGCGCCCUGCGCGGCCUGGCCAACCUGACCCACGCGCGCCUGGAGCGCGGCCGCAUCGAGGCGGUGGCCGCCAGCUCCCUGCUCGGCCUGGGCCGCCUGCGUGCGCUCAGCCUGCAGGCCAACCGGGUGGGCACCGUGCACGCCGGCGCCUUCCGCGACUGCGGGGCCCUGGAGCACCUGCUGCUCAACGACAACCGGCUGGCCGAGCUGCCCGCCGGCGCCUUCCGCGGCCUGGGCCGCCUGCGCACCCUCAACCUGGGCGGCAACGCGCUGGGCCGCGUGGCUCGGGCCUGGUUCGCCGACCUGGCCGAGCUCGAGCUGCUCUACCUGGACCGCAACGGCAUCGCCUUCGUGGAGGAGGGCGCCUUCCAGAACCUGUCGGGCCUCCUGGCCCUGCACCUCAACGGCAACCGCCUCACCGCGCUCGCCUGGGCCGCCUUCGAGCCCGGCUUCUUCCUGGGCCGCCUCUUUCUCUUCCGCAACCCGUGGCGCUGUGACUGCCGCCUGCAGUGGCUGCGGGGCUGGAUGGAGAGCUCCGGGCACGUGGCCGAGGUGCCGUGCGCCUCCCCGGGCUCCGUGGCCGGCCUGGACCUCAGCCGGGUGGCCUUCGGGCGCGGCCCCGACGGCCUCUGCGUGGACCCCGAGGAGCUGAACCUCAGCGCGUCCAGCCCCGGCCCGUCCCCAGAGCCGGCGGCCACCACCGUGAGCAGGUUCAGCAGCCUCCUCUCCGAGCUGCUGGCCCCGAGGGCCCCCGUGGAGGAGGCGGCCAACACCACCGCGGGGCCAGCCAAUGCCUCGCUGGCCCUUCCCUCGGGUGCGGUGGGAGGUUCAGGCCACAGCACCCCGUUUCUCCUGGGCUCCAGUCUGCUGCUCAGCGCAGCCCAGCACAUGCUGUGUGUCCUCCAGACAGGCUGA